AAGUCAAGAUACAGGCGAGUGCACCCAACUCAGUAGUGAGGAUGUCGUAUCUGAAGAUUCCAACUAUGAAUAUGAUUUUAAAGAUCCUUUCGAUAACAAUGAAGAUGAUAACAAUGGAGGAUAUUAUUACAAUUUAAGUAGCAGGAAGAAAACGUGA